AUGAAAGCCUCAAGUCGCUUCGACCGGUCGAUCUGCGGCGCGCUCCUGGGCAAGCGGUCCCCUCCAUCGCCGACGCCGCCGGUAAGGCCAGUACCCGCGUCUUCGCGAUGUUUGCACAGCCCGGACGAGAGGGUGCGGAGCCGAAGACAGGGAGUCCAGUCGAGCAGCGAUGCCGGACGAACCGAUCCGGCCGCGGGCACGCUGCUGCCGCUGCUUCUGCCGCCGUCAUGGAGGCAGCCGAUGAAGAAGACGGUGCGUCUGCUCGAGUCCGUGUGCCGCCGACGGCCACACCUGCCAGCGAGCACAGUAGCGGUGGUACCGGGCAUCCUGCUCCGUGCGCGCCGCUUCAACCACACAGACUCGACGUCAGACGUGGCCGAUGUGGCCGAUAUGGCCGACGUGACCGACGGGGGAUUCUGGCGCCAUCGGCGACCGAUGCCGAGCAAGAAGGAGUUGCUGUCGUACGUGGACCCGCCGGCCGAUGGCGACUCGGUGGACGCACACCUGGACUUCAUCCGCGACCCGUACUUGCGGCGGUAUGCACGGCCGGCAGACGGACCAGAAGUGGUGGUGUCGCACGUGCGCGAAGACGCGGAGCAUCCGACGUGGGACGACGUCAGCCAGGCAGACGAGACAACACAGCAGCUCGUGCGGGCGCUGGCCCAGACAGUGUGGGCACGGCUGCGCAACCCGUCCCGCAUGAGCGCGGCCGAGGUGUACGAGCGGUACCGACAGCUGCCGGCAGCCGAGCGGAUGAGCUGCGUGCCCGCAAGCCUGCGACACCAGCUGCUCAAGGCGCUUGGCAUGGUCGAGAAGAAGGACGCGCAGUCGAUGCUGCGGUAUUUUGCCGUCGUGGCCGACGUCAAGGACGGUGGCUUUGCCCUCUGGAAGGCCGAGUGGAACGCGGCCAUGUCGUUUGCCAGCCGCUACGUCGGCUCCUCGACCGCGACCGAGACCGAAGCGGCCGUCCGGCUCUGGCGCGAGAUGGAGCAGGACGCCCACAUACCCGGAAACGAGGUCACCUUCAACAUCCUGUUCGACGUCGCCUCCAAGGCCGGCAACUUUACCCUGGCCGAGAUGGUCUACCAGGAAAUGGAGCGCCGUGGCCUGCGCUUCAACCGCUACCACCACGUCAGCCUGAUCCACUUCUUCGGGCUCAAGAUGGAUGCCGACGGCGUGCGCACCGCCUACCGCGAGAUGGUCGAGGCCGGCGAGAUGAUCGACGUGGUCGUGCUGAACUGCGUCGUCGCCGGCUUUCUGCGCUGCGGCGAGGAGGACGCGGCCGAGCGCGUGUAUCAGCAGAUGCGCCAGAGCUACCUGAAACGGCUGCAGCCGAGAAAGAGCGCCCAGACAGCAGAGGGCGAGACGGCCGACGAUGCCGUUCCAAAUGCUGACUCAGCAGCUUCACUGCCUGACGUCUCCGGCUUUGCUAGCCAAAAGGCCAUGACGCACGUGCUGAUGAUGCUGGCACGCGUCAGCCGCGGCGACACAGACCUGCGCGACGGAUACCAGCACCUGGUGCCGACGCGGCCGGACCUGGCGACCUUCCGGAUCCUGAUUCACCACUACGCCGUGCGGCUGGGCGACCUGGCCGCCGUCACGCGCUUCCUCGGCGACAUGAAGACGCUGCGCAUUCCGCUGCACGGCGCCAUCUUCCUGGCGCUCUUCAAGGGCUUCGCCCUGCACGGUGGCCGCGACGGCACCGGCUCUGACUGGAGCGAGCAGCGCCUGCGCAGCAUCUGGGCUGCUCUGCUCAAGGCCCUCGACGAAGACGCCGCCGGGCUCUACGUCAGCACCUGGCUGAUCGUCUGGGUCCUGCGCGCCUUUGACCGCUGCAGCUCGCCCGAGUCGGUCUUCAAGGCCUACGGCUCGCUGACGUCGCGCUGGGAGCCCACCGAGCCCGAUGCCGACUUCGCCAUCGGCUUCCUGCACAACCUGCUCAGGGGUAGCAGCCAUACCGCCCGUCCGGCUCGCCUGUCUCUGCUCAGCCAGCUGGGCAGCCGCUCGUUUUGA